AUGCAGGUGUCGAAGCGCAUUCCCUUCGACGACCCGCAAGUCCUGACGGGAGUCCGAAUUCUCUACGUGGCGUCUAACCUGAUCAUCUUUGGUCUCUACUACUACCUCGGAUUGAAGAUCAAAGCCAAGAGAGACAUGACCACCCUAAAAUACGUCGAACCUGCCCCCAUGGGCUCGGGCGAAGAACCGAAGCUUGUGACCACCACCAUUCAAGAGUAUGAUCAGAGCCAGCUGUCGGCCGCCUACAAGGCUCAACUUAUGGGCAUCGCCAUGAUGGCAUUCAUGCAUGUGUACAUGAAGUACACCAACCCACUCCUCAUCCAGUCCAUCAUCCCGGUCAAGGGCGCCCUGGAGAGCAAUUUGGUCAAGGUCCAUCUCUUUGGCAAGCCUGCAGUGGGUGAACUGAAACGACCAUGGAAGGCGUCUGGUGGCAUGAUGGGCAUGGGCCAAGGCGAGACUAAGAGCGACAAGGCCAGCAUUGAGGCCGCUGAGCGAGCCGGCCGUGGGGGAGCAAAAGAAGAAUAG